GACGAUGCGCGACGGUUAGUAAACUUUUGUCCAUGGUCUGAUCGACACGCUUGUUGCCACCGCUGAUACUGUUUCGUUCACCUAUCCUUCCGUCUGUCAAUGCAUACUAUUUAAUAAAAUUAUUGUAGACAAGAAGAUAACGCCAUCACUGUUAUGCAAUCCGUCCGACGGUUAUUGGCGUGCACGUUUGUCGCGAUCGCUGUGUGUCGGUGCAUCGGCGCCCCGUCGUGUUCGCCGGAUAAGUUAGCCAGGUAUCGCGUGGUGGUACGUACGUUCUGGACUCGUGACCGGUUCCCAAAACAUUUCCCUGAAUGGAGACCACAAGCCCAGUGGAGCAAAGUCGUUGGCAGAUCACAUUCUAGAGAUUAUACCAUGUUUCGAGAAGGCACGCCAGCAUCUGAAAGUGUUCGUAUGUUUGCCAAGACCGGACGUAGUGACAAACUGGAUGAUGGCAGUGGUGAAGGUUUGAAUGGAGUGAAUGGUGGAGCAAUCGAAGAUAUGGUACUGAACACAUUUAUAGCGCCUAGCGUAUCGACAGGAGCUGCUUGGACUCAAUCACAGUUCUUCGUAGAUGGAAACCACUCUAGAGUGUCAUUGAUGUCACGCAUGAUUCCAUCUCCAGAUUGGUUCAUUGGUAUAGAUUCAUUUGAUUUGUGUGUGAAUGGUAACUGGCUCGACAGCAUCACUAUUGAGGCUGAUCCAAUCGACGCGGGAUGUGACAACGGCUUCACGUUUACAGCGCCAAACUGGCCCACCGAUCCACAGGGAAUUGUAUACCGAAUAAAAAGCAACUAUCCAUCACACCCUGCCAGCUCUUUCUAUUAUCCACAGUUCAAUCGAUUGCCCACCAUAGCGACUUUUCAAUUUAUAAAAAUCAAAGAAUACGAACAGUCUUUGAAUGGCAGAGGACAGGCUUCAGACCCUCCGGUAAAAAUCGAAGAAAGCGUCAUUAAAGUUUUAAAUGGUGACAGCGAUAGCGAUCGAGAGGUACAAUUGGAAAUGGAACAACAAAGACGAGAACAAGAGUACAAUAACUAUAAAAGUAUUGGUAAUGAUAAAAUAUCGGUUUCCAACGUCACAUCGUCCAUAUCAAUACCAAAAGGCAAUAAAGAAGCGUUGAUGAAUAGUAUUUUGGAUAACUACCAUGUUCGAAAACAUAGGAAAACUCACAAAAAACCAAGGUACCGGGAUUGCCGAUUAGGCGUCUGGUCUGAAUGGAGCGCAUGUAGCGUGUCAUGUGGCAUCGGCGAAAUGCAGAGACGCAGAGAAGUGAUAAAACACCCAAGAGGAGCAGGACGGCAGUGUCCACCAUUAUUGCAGACCAAAUGGUGUGGGAGUGCCAAAGACUGUCCCCCACAAACACAUUUUGAGUGUUAAAACCCGAAAUCCAUCGAAACUAGUUUUAACUAGUCAAUACUAGUUUUCACAAAUCCCUUUAGUCACUUCUAGUUUUAACUAGAAUUCUAUAUAGAAUCGGAUGUAAGGAUGGAAUUCUAGAAAAACUUUAUUGUAG